AUGACGCCGGAAGAAGACUUUUGCAAAGAGCUCGUCUUGUCUUUGCCGCCGAUGGAAUCGCGCGAUUUUGCCACACUCAAGGAGAAUUUGAAGACUGUUAAAGGAUUCAAGGAAGAUUUUUUCGAAGAGAUAGCGACGAGGACCUGCAUUGUUCCCGGAGAAGCUGGUUCUAACCCGCUCGUGGACGCCCUUCAAGACGAACUUCGAGAAAUGCAGGAACACUACCGCGCGAAACAUGUUUCUUCUCGCUUUACUAUCUGCCUCGAUGAUGAAAAUAAUCUGGUCAUUCGGACCUACGCAGAGCAGCUGGAUGCUCACAACUGGGCGACAGGGUACUGGGCGACAAUCUGGAAUUUGACAAGAACGGGUGAACUUUCUGGAAAGGCGUCGGUUCACGUGUAUUCCUUUGAAGACAGUUCAAAUGUGCAAAUGCGAGGUAGCCGUGUCUUCACAUCUGUCAAUAUUCCGCAUGAACACCAUGCGAAAGGAGUCGUGAAAAAAAUCGCUGAGUAUGAAAAAGCGCUGUUAGAGGAUCUAUCCGACGAAGAUGCCGUCAUGUCGAGUCUCAAGCAGAUUCGUCGGAUUCUUCCAAUUACUCGCACACGGAUGAAGUGGUAA